CAAUAAUCUGGUCAUUUCUGUUAGAUGCAUGUGGUGGGAGUUUCAAUAUAUAAACGUAUCGCGCGACAACACGAGUUUAGUAUAUCCAUUUAAUCACUACGCAGUUAUUACCGUAUCGUUUCGUAGCACUGUUAAUUUAUCAAAUAACGCUGGAACUCGUCAUGUAAUUAAUUGUCCUUCUGCUUAUGUAAAGUGUCGGAAAGAGAAAGUCUCACUUGAAACGUUCGGAUCACAAUAGCGAAUAAUUUCCCAUCAAAGUUUUGAAGUAGUGCAGCUUAUAACGUUAUAAUUCGUAAUUGAAGGGUCAGCGAAAAUCAAUUAAUAAAAUGUGGUUUUUUCGAUAAUUAUUUCUUAGAUAACGAAGAUCGCCGAGGCUAUAGUAUUUUCAUGGUCACUUGGAAAAUGGUUCUUCGAAGCGGUUUGUUGCUCGGAUGCAACACACAUUUAUACGAGGACGUCUAUUGAUGAAGUAGAUUCAAUUGAGUUCCGAUUUUUCGAUAUUAAAACGUGUUUUCCUCUUACGCACUUUUAGCUCUGAGGCCUUUGAUCAAUCGCGUGCUAAGACCUUCAAUUUGAUAAAGUUUGACAUCAGAGAUAAAAGAAAGGUGAACUUCUAUUGUGUUUCGUUACAGUUCAAUAAAUUUCUUAGCAAUAUAGUCAUCUAGCGUUGUCGUUUAACGUGAUUAGUUAACAGUAACCUUGGAUUAUUAAUACUCAUUAUAUUUCAUUUCGAUCACCAUGGCAAAAAUUUGCCAAGUUUGGCUUGAUAAAAGUUAUCUUCAAAAUGUCUUGCGAAACGUUGAAAGUGACGAUUCGAUAAAAGUAUCCGAAAUAAACGUAAGUCCGGCUACCGCCAAAGGGGACAAUUAUGCGAGUGAUAUCUAUCGCGUAGCAGUAAAGCUUUCGCGCAUUAAGGGUCAGAAGAUCGACGAGGAAAUGUCCCUCGUCGUUAAAAUUGCACUCGAUGAAGAAAGUCCACGAGGAAAAUUGAUAGCGGAGGGAGGCCUGUAUACCACCGAGUUAUCGAUAUUCCAUACGGUAUUGCCGAAGAUAAACGAACUGCUCGAGAAAUGUUGUCCGGCCACACAGCUGAGCGCGCGAUGCAUACAUGUCCAGUACGAAAAACCGACUCAUGUGAUAUUAGAAGAUUUGGCGACAGCUGGAUUUCGUAUGGUCGAACGUUACUCGGGACUAGAUCUUGACCACUGUUUAAUAGCGAUGCGAAAUCUGGCCAGACUUCACGCUGCCUCCGUUGCCCUCCAAGAAGAGGAGCCAGACUUACUAUCGAAUUACCGUAAAGGCAUGUAUCGCAAAGACGCUCCCCCGAUGUUUCAAGUAUUUUUCAACUCAAGAAUAAAAAGCCUUGCAAUUGAGGUAGCCAGAUGGUCUGAGCUGUGUCCGAAAAUUGCUGAGAAAAUUACCAAAUUAUCGUCCGGAGCAUUGUACCGAAAAGCAUGGAAGGCUUGUGAGUUUGGCGAACACGAAUUCAAUGUCCUAACUCACGGUGAUUGCUGGACGAACAACAUGAUGUUUCGUUACGACGAAAGCCAGAAACCCGUUGAUCACGUUUUCGUUGACUUUCAAAUGUCUCAUCGUGGUUCGCCAGCGGAAGACAUUCACUACUUUAUCGGAUCGAGUCCCAGCGACGAUGUUAGAAUUCAUCACCGUGUUUCACUUUUACACGAGUAUUAUGCGUCACUCGUGACAACGAUGAAGCAAUUAAAGUGCAAGAGAGAACCACUGAGCUUUGCAGAACUUGACGAAGCCCUAAGAAUGCGUGAAAUUUAUGAGGCAAUCGUUGCUAUGACACUAUUGUCAACUGUCACACUUGAAAAAGGAAGCGAAAUAGAUUUUUCGAAAUCGCUAAAUGUUGAUGUAGUUUACGAGAAUCCAGGUUAUCGUAGUAGUACCUACAGAAAAAUUAUGACCAGGCUUUUGCCGAUAUACGAUAGAAAUGGUUUUCUCGAUGUCGAAAAAUAAGUUUCACGUGACGUGAUCUUAGUUAUUGUACUCAUCUAAUUCGGAUUUUAGAUCUGAAAAAAAUAAUUUGAUCAUGAAAAAUGAUCUGAAAAUUAACUCAAGUCUUCACUCGCAAUGUUCUUACAAAAAAAUAUGAAUAAGUGAAUGGAUAAAAUAAAAUAGAUUAUCAGAAAAAUGAAAAUUCUGUUUAAAAGGCUUCGACCCAAUUAUGGAACUGUAAAAAUUGUAUUUUACGUCAAUAAAAUAAGUCAAGAUCCAGA